UGGGCGGCGCCUCCGGGACUAGGGCUUCCCGGAGCCGCUGCAGUGUUGGGGAUGCUCUAGCCCGGUCCUGCCUGCUCCCCGCCUCGCGCCCGCCGCUCCCUUCGCAGCCGCCCGGAGAUCACCACUUUGCAGCGGCAACUUGAAGUUGCACCCCGGGCCUGUCCCUUGCACUCCAGUCGCUCCGCAUCCCCAGGGCGUGCUCCCACCCACUCCCGCUGCUGCCAGAGGGGGCCCCCCUGCACCCCCCAAAGGGGGUGUGUGUCAGGUGGGAGCAGCCCUGCACACCACCCCCCACGCCGACACCCACACACCCCUUUUGUGUUGCAGGCUGCCCCUCCGGGAGCGCGCGGAGGCAGUGCGAGGACGCAGGGGGACGGCGGUGGAGACCGAGCCCCGCGCGGCGGUACCUCCGGAUCCUCCCCUCCAGAUAAAACACAUCUGAAGGAAGAAAAAGAACGACCAAAAUACUCCAGAAUUCAUAACAAACUGGUAUCAAGGCCAAGUCUACCUCCACUUUCCACCUGAACCUAAAAUGGUGAGUGAAAGUCAUCAUGAACCGAGGGCCAUGCCCCAUGUCACCACUGUUGCAACUGUUCUACCAAAUAGCACCACCGAGCCCACAAAUCCUGGAGAGGGCAAAGAAGAUGCUUUUUCUAAGCUGAAAGAGAAGUUUAUGAAUGAGCUGCAUAAAAUUCCAUUGCCACCGUGGGCCUUAAUUGCCAUAGCCAUAGUCGCAGUUCUUUUAGUCCUGACUUGCUGCUUUUGUAUCUGUAAGAAAUGCUUGUUCAAAAAGAAAAAUAAGAAGAAGGGAAAGGAGAAGGGAGGGAAGAAUGCUAUUAACAUGAAAGAUGUCAAAGACUUAGGGAAGACCAUGAAAGACCAGGCACUUAAGGAUGAUGAUGCUGAAACUGGAUUGACUGAAGGGGAAGAAAAAGAAGAACCUAAAGAAGAGGAGAAAUUGGGAAAACUUCAAUAUUCACUGGAUUAUGAUUUCCAGAAUAAUCAGCUGCUGGUAGGAAUUAUCCAGGCUGCAGAGCUGCCAGCCUUGGAUAUGGGCGGCACAUCUGAUCCUUACGUGAAAGUGUUUCUGCUGCCUGACAAAAAGAAGAAAUUUGAGACAAAAGUCCAUCGAAAGACCCUUAACCCUGUCUUCAAUGAGCAAUUUACAUUCAAGGUACCAUACUCAGAAUUGGGUGGCAAAACCCUUGUGAUGGCUGUCUAUGAUUUUGAUCGCUUCUCCAAGCAUGACAUCAUUGGAGAAUUUAAAGUGCCUAUGAACACUGUGGAUUUUGGUCAUGUAACUGAGGAGUGGCGUGAUCUACAAAGUGCUGAGAAGGAAGAGCAAGAGAAACUGGGUGAUAUCUGCUUCUCACUUCGCUAUGUUCCAACUGCUGGUAAACUGACAGUUGUCAUUCUGGAGGCCAAGAAUCUGAAGAAGAUGGAUGUGGGGGGCUUAUCUGAUCCUUAUGUUAAAAUUCAUCUGAUGCAGAAUGGCAAGAGGCUGAAGAAGAAAAAGACAACCAUUAAAAAGAAUACACUAAACCCCUACUACAAUGAGUCAUUCAGUUUUGAAGUACCUUUUGAGCAAAUCCAGAAAGUGCAAGUGGUGGUGACUGUUUUGGACUAUGACAAGAUUGGCAAGAACGAUGCCAUCGGCAAAGUCUUUGUGGGCUACAACAGCACCGGCGCGGAGCUGCGGCAUUGGUCAGACAUGCUGGCCAACCCCCGGCGGCCCAUUGCCCAGUGGCACACCUUGCAGGUGGAGGAGGAGGUGGACGCCAUGCUGGCCGUCAAGAAGUAAAGGGAAGAAGAAGCCUUUCUGCAUUGCCCACCUAGUGCUCUUUAGCCAGUCUCUGUACAUACCUCAGUAAUCUGGGUCCUCCUUUCACGCUCCAGCCCUGCCUUCCUAAUCCCAGUCCGUGGCACUUCAGCUCCUGGUUUAAUUUGCACAUAUUUAAACGUAGAGCUCCCCCGCUCACCCCCAUCCCUUCAUCAUCCCACAAACCCUCCAAAUCUACUCUUCUUUUAAGCAAUAUGAUGUGUAGAUAGAGCAUGAGCGAAAUGAUUUAUUGUAUUCCACCCAUUGUAUAUAGCCGUAUGCUAGAGAUUUCUUUCUAGUUUGUUGUAUUUGUAUGUCGUAAGCGUUUCCUAAUCUGUGUAUAUCUAGAUGUUUUUAAUAAGAUGUUCUAUUUUAAACUAUGUACAUUGACCGAGAUAUAGGAGAGCUGAUAAUAUGAGUAAAUAGAGUUUCGUCUGCAUUCCAGCAAAAAUGAUCCAUUUGUGAGGCACUAGUACAGAGAAAAGGACAUCUUAAAGGACAACUUAAACCUGAGCUUUCUAUUAUCAUUUGAGAACCCAGUGACACCUGUUCUACAUAGAGAUGAGUUAAUCAAAUUGGGUAGAAUUUCUUUCCAGGCAAAAUAGCAUAAACUGGACAGUACCCAGGCUGACUUCUAGGAAGCAUAGCCACAGACCAGAACAGCAUCUAUGUGUAUAUGUUAACAACACUAAAAUCAGUGCUUCUCUCCUAUAGGGAAGGAAGCAAUGGAGUCACUGUUUCUUAUUACCACAUAUGGAGUAAUGACAUGAUGGUAUCCCAGGUGUGUGACUGGGCAUGUAUGUGUGUGCAUCUGUCUGGGGAUGGGUGGGUAGGAAGAAGUCAGCAUUUUUUGAAAUAUUGCCUGACUAUUUAAAAAAAAUUAAAAAAAUGUAGCUCUCCAUUGUCACCUUUCUACAAAACAUGCAUCCUGUGAAUUCUGUGCCAGAUUUCACACCUAUCAUAAUUCCUAAAUGUUUGCACAUUAGACUUUGUAACAAAAUAUUUUAUUACAUGAAACAAGAUGAGAAGGAAUGCAGAAUAUUUUUAACACAGCAAUCUGUGCUUAUUACACAAAAUCACUUUGUGGUAAACAGACAGUAUUGUAAUCCCAUCAAAAGAUUUAUAAAACAAAACAGACAAAAAAAAAACCCAUGAUAAUUAGCCAUAGUUCUGAAUGCACUUCAAUUAAGCCAAAACAGCUAGUGAUCUUUUUAUAUGCUCUUUUUACUUCAAUAAGUUUUAAUUUGUCCUUUAAAAAAAAAAAGGUGAAACAAUAAAACCAAGAACAAGUUCUAGAAAACUGCAGUAACCUCUUAGGUAUUCUAGCUGCUUGAUUUAGGACACGUUUUUAACCGUUUUCCAUGUUACUCUGUAGUAAAUGGCACUAAUACUAGUCAUUCCCUACAAGUCUCCAAUGACUGCUCUGUGUAACACUGUGACUGCCUUGUGUGCGUAGACGCAUAGUUCCCUCAGUGCAUAGCACUCAGUUUAUUCCGUAGUGAUAUUGUGACAAUACUGCCAUUCCCUUCUACUGCACUGCCCAAGGUGUGUAGCACAAACUCUUCUAAUGACAAAGGACCAAUUCCUAACUGAAAUGCAUAAGACAAGCAAAGCUCCCUAGUUUGGGCUGGAAUACACAGCUUCCUGUCAAGCACUGUGCACUAUUUUCAUCUUCUUCCCCACCCUGGGAGACGACCACUUUGUAGAAGGGCUUCCCUGCUCCUCACCCGUGCAUGCGCCUCACUUCUGUGAUUCCCCCUUUGAACAGGGGAAGUGAUGGCGAAGGCUGGUCUUCCUCUAUUCCAAACACCAAACAGGAAACAGAGGGGCAGCCUCACAAGUUCAGACAGUAGGAAAUGAUGCCAUGUUUCAAAACUCAGAAUUGACAAAGGGCUGUUGAUGACAGGUGACAAACAUGAAAAUGGCUGUUUUCUGAGUUUUUCUAAAAACUGGAAUUCCCAUCAUCAUUCUUUUCUCAACAAAGCCCAGGCCAGUGCUUUGGUCUUUCUGUCCAGUAAUAACAAACCCGUUAGAACUGGGGCCUUUGUAAAAGACAAAAGAUCUCCCUCUCCCAACUUCUAGCAGAGACUAGACAAAGCACUAGUCAUGAGGUGACAUUACAUAUCAGUUUGAACAGAUCUUUCCUAUGUCAAGGACUAGACCUUACUAAAGAGAGGGGGUUGUUUGACAUUUUUCUUGUUCUUCUUAUUUUUUUAAUUCCUGAAAGGCCAUGCACUGACAUUUAAUUUCAUUGUCUUCAGCUUUAAGUUUGUGCUGACAAACUUUGUUUGAAGACAGACAGGUUCGAACUGCCUACUACUUAGGAUUUCUUGCAUUGGCACACUACUGAUGCAUUCUCUCGCAACACUGCCAGACUUGGGGUCUUGCCCCUCGAAUUAGUUGGGACUCUGCGUCUCUCCCAAACCCGUGACCGAACCUGCUUAAAGACCAAGAUUCAUCCUCAAAUAUUGCCACAUGUACCUUUCUGACACAGCUGUGUAAAGUAUUAGAUUCUAAUGCUCUAGAAAGAUCCUAGUUGCCUUUGUGUAUAUUUACUGCCUGCUUGAGUGUUUCUAUAUGUGGGUUUUCUCUGUACCUUGUAGAAAUGUUGGGGUGUUUCCCUCUGCCAUAAUGGCUCGCGCGUGGCCUGCGAGCCAACUACUUUAGCUGUAGAUUUUAUCUUCAUUUUUUGAUGAGGUGGUUUUAAUUUUCUUUCAUUUUGUGUAGUGAAUUUCACAAUAGUUCUAUGAUUGUUGUUAAAAAAUAUGACUUAACAUAUUACAUGGAUAUUCAAUAAAAAUGUUUUAUUUCCUGUUGA